UCUAUGUUAUCAAAGAAGCCUAAAAUGAAAAUUAUGAGGCAAAAAAUUAUUUGGGAAUCCGAUCAAAAUUUAUUUCUUGUCUUAACAGCUCCCUUAUAUCACUUUUAAUCUUUUUUAUUUCCAGUGAAUGCAAAAUAUUGUAGAACAGAAAAUCUUAACAGAAAUCCAGCCAUAUUCGGAAAGAAAUACACCGAACUAAAUGUUCAUAUUACAUUCUACUAUCUCUCUUUUACUUUUUUUUUUUAUUAUGAAUUAAAAUUCAUGUCAAAUUAAAUAUUUAUAUUAUUCGAGAAUGGAGAAAGUAGUUAAAGAAAAAAGAAUAAAAAAAGAAAUUAAUGGAAAACAAAUUACCUGUAUACGUUUUCAAUUUAUAGGCGGUAGUGGUACUGGCACCUUAUUGAAAAGUAUUCAACAUAAACUAAGGCGAAAGCCUAUAAAAAUCGCGAUCUGAUGGGCCGGCUCGGCCCAAUAGGGUAGAAAUAUACAGGCAUGCACAGCGAAGCAGAAGACAACCUCUCUCUCUCUCUCUCAUCCUACAUCCAAUUUCCAAACAAAUCCUCAACUCUAUUCAAUCAAGUUCAACCCAUGCCAAGAGAAUUUUCACUGAAUUCUUAAAAAAUGAGACCAAUUUUGAUACUAACAUUUUGUGUGUGGUGUGUGGUUUUGUAAUGGUAAUGGAGCUGGAGAAGAAGGGUUUGAGAUUAGAAGGGAAAAUAGGAGGGUUUUGGUGUCGACCGAGAAUGGGGAGAUUGUUGGCGCACGUAUACUAUGAUUUUAUUAGGGAAUGGGAAGUUGUUCUGGACGGAGGAAAGUGAGCUUAAAAGGGCGGAUUUAAGGAGCGGAGAUGUUUACAGACUUAAAGCCGGAGCUGUUUUGCAAUAUGGAGACAGAGACUCAGCGCCGCAAGCUUAGGAUUCAUUCCAUCUUCUCCAAUUCAAACAUAGAUAUGCAUGAGCUGCCAAGUGAGCCUUACUCGAGCAUCCGCGAUAUGGUUCUUCGCUUCGACAAGAAAGUCCUGCAAGCAGCUUUCAAGGUGGAUUUCUACUUACUUAUCUAAAAUGGACUAUAUAUUUUUAGUAUAAAAUCUGAAAAUAAAUUGAGAUUGAAAUAGUGUAUUUGAACAAAAAGAACUAGAAUUACAAAUAUAUUUUUCAACUUUAGCUAAUGGGAAUAUUUGUAUACUACUUUUAAUUAAGAAGAUGACUAUUUUUCACCAUUGCCAAUAUUAUUUUGUUGGUAAGCAUGACUAGAUGUGUAUAAGUAUAAACCUUUGAUUCUAAUGUAUGCGAUGAAGCAAUAGAAGAGUUAUUGAGCGGAAUGAAGCCGCCGCCCAUAAUCCACGGAGUUUCCAGAAGUGAGAAAAGAGCACGGGAGAUGGAGCAAAAAUUCCUAGGAAGCCUUCUCGGUAGCGACAUAUUCGAGCUGAGCAAGAAAAUUGGAAAGUCGAGUACAAAAUUGUUCAAUCUCUUGAAAGAGGAUAAAGAUUUCCAGAAUCGCAACGGCUGGAGCACCACGGUGACAGGGAAGAAGCUCUCUGCAUUGAAGGGCACCAACAUUGGCCUAUUCAUGGUGAACUUGACAGCGGGAUCGAUGAUGGGGCCGCACUGGAAUCCUGUGGCGACUGAGGUUGCUGUGGUCAUGGAAGGGCGGGGAAUGGUACGUGUGGUGUGUCCGAGUGUUUUGAAUGGGACAGGGUGCAGUGAGAUGAGGUUCGAGGUUGAAGAAGGUGACAUCUUUGCCGUGCCAAGGUUUUACCCAAUGGCUCAGAUGGCUUUCAACAACGAGACGUUCGUGUUCAUGGGGUUUAGUAGCUCUGCGAAGAAGAAUCAUCCUCAGUUUUUUGCAGGGCAGGCAUCGGUGCUACGGACCUUGAGUAAGGAUGUGUUGGCAACGUCGUUUAAUGUGGGGAAUAUGACAAUGGAUCGGCUGUUGGAUUCGCAGCAGGAGUCGGUCAUCUUGGGUUGUGUUUCUUGUGCUGAGGAGGAGUUGAGGAUAUUGGAGGAGGAGAGAGAGAAAGGAAAAGAGAGGGAGGACGAGGAGAGGAAGAGGGAAGAAGAGGAAGCAAGAGAGAGGGAGGAAGAGGAGGCGAGGGAGAAGGAGGAAGAGAGGCAAAGAAAGGAGGAGGAAGAGAGGGAGAGGGAAGAAGAGGAGGCUAAAAGGCAGGAAGAAGAGAGGAAAAGACGGGAAGAGGCGGCGAGGAGGGAGGAGGAAGAACGGAGAAGGCGGGAGGAAGAAGAGGAGGCUAAGAGGCAGGAAGAAGAGAGGGAGAAGGUGGGAGGAAGAAGAGAGGAGGCUAAGAGGCAGGAAGAAGAGAGGGAGAAGGAAGAAGAGAGGAAGAGACGGGAAAAAGAGGAGGAGGAAGAGGAAGCAGCAAGGAGGGAGGAAGAAGAACGUAAAAGGCGGGAAGAGGAGGAGGAGGAGAGGCAAAGGCGGGAAGAAGAGGAAGAAAGGAGGAGACAACGAGCAGCAGCUAAGAGAGAGGAAGAAGAGAGGCAAAGGCGGGAGGAGGCAGAGAUAGCAAGGAGAGAAGAAAGGGGAAGGGAAGAAAAGCAAAUGCGAAGGGAGGAAGCGGAGGAACACGAACAUGAAGAGCAAUGGAGCGAAGAAGAAGAGGCAGCGGAGGAGGAGAGGAGGGAAGAAGCUGAACGAAGAGAAGAAGACAGAAGAAGGGAGAAAGAGGAAUGA